AUGUACAAACACGUUGCGAAAGCGCGCAAAUUGGCGGCUUCGAACAAGGAGGCCGUCAUGUCGGAUGAAUCCGAGUCGGAGGAUGAUUUGGAGCAAGACGUCUCGUCGCAAGGAUCAGGAUCAGGAUCGGGAUCGGGAUCGGGAUCGGAUGAGGGAUCUGAGGAGGAGGACGAGGACGAGGAGGAGGGGAGUGACGAGGACGAUGAGGAGGGUAGUGGUGGAGAUGACGAGGAGGCCGAAGAAGAAGCUCUUACACCUCCACCGCCCGGAUACCCGACUGCGGAAGAAGCGGGAAAGGAUCCGAUCGUCACUGUACCAAGGGAAGCAGGGGACACUGCAGCAGAUGCAGAGGUGGGAGAGGACAAGAUGUUGUGCGUCAUUUGCCCGACCAAGAAGAUCAAGAAGGGGAGGAUGUUGGAGGUUCAUUUGGCUUCAAAGGUCUGUAGCUGUUUUGACGAUGGCACGAGGAUGGAGGCGAUUUGCGCAUGGCACCGGAUCACAAAGAUGACAUUGACUGAUUGACCUUCUGUGUUGCUUUAUCAGGACCAUAAGCGAAGGCUCGAGCGCUUCCAAGCACACAUCGCCAAACCCGACUUCCCGGCAUCCUCCCUCGCCGUCGACGCACGCCAAAUCUCGGCCCAAAUCGACAACCUCGUCAUCCAACGCCUGACCCUCCAAACCCUCACCGGGGGUCCGACACCGGCAGAACAAUCCAAAAAGGACAAGGAAGCCGCCGCCGCUGCAUCGAAACCGAAACCGAAAGCUGCAGAGGAGAAUGCGAGGAUCAAGACUCAGGCUGAGCUAGAGGAGAUCUCAAAGAGGGAGGCGAUCAGGGCGGCCAAGAGGGAGAAGCAUGCCAAGCUGAGGCAGGCCAAGGCGGAGAAGAGGGCGAGGAAGAGGGCCGCCAAGAAGGAGAAGGCGAUCAAGAAGACCAUGACGUGAGUCGCGGUUUGAUGCGCGGCGCACGCCAUUCGUUGGUCAAGAAGCUGACGUUUGUCGUGUUCCUUUGGAAAGAGCGAAAGAGUUGAAGAAACCCAAGAACAAGGAAAAGUACAAGCCCAAGCCCAAACCAUCGCCCGAGGAGAUCCAACAAAGGCAGGCGUUGAAGAAGGUCAAGAGGGACGCCGAUGCGCUCGCGGCCAAGAAUGUGCCCAAGGACGAGGUCGCUUUGAAGAAGGAGGAAACGGUCAAGCCGGCGGCUAAGAAGAGGGCAAGGGACGAGCCCAAGAAGGAACAACCCAAGACGAAGGAGCCAUCCAAGAAGGAAGCAUCCAAAAAUGAGCAGCCCAAGCCGGUCAAGGCAGCUCCGGCACCCGUGAUUGAGGAGGAGAAGGCCAAAAAGCCCAAGAAGGCGAAGAUUGCGAGUGCGAGUGAAGCAUAG